UUUUUAAAGCGAUGGAACUUGAUUGUAAUUCUUUAUUUAGUAACUGUGCAUACAGAGGAAUGAAUAGAUCGUGUAAAAAUAUAUUUACGAAAGUAUUGACUGCAGUGGGUAUAUGUUGUAAAUCUAAAAAUUUAGAGUCACUUAAGUAUACAGAUAUUUCAUGGAAUCUUGAAUUUAAAAUCCCUAAUUCAAGUUUUCCUUUAAGAUUUUAUCUCACGGAACAAAAUAAUUCGAGUCCAGAACCAGGUGAAAGAUCUCUCAUAGUAGAUAAAUCUCUAGAUAUAGAAUUUGUUGUUGAUGUAACAUAUACAACUCCUGACAUUAAAUAUUUAUCUCUUCGACAACGACAAUGUUAUUAUAAGCAAGAGAGUAAAAAUCUUAUUGAUUGCGAAAUUGAUUGCGUAAUCGAUAAACUAUUUAAAUAUUGUAAAUGUUUGCCAUGGUUUUUAUCAUUUGUCGAUAAGACAGAAUGUCCAAUUUCAAGGUAUCCCUGUUUAAACCAUAUUAAUAUUGAUAAAACCCAAUGUAAUUGUUGGCCCUUUUGUGAUCAUACAUCAUAUAGUGUAAAAAGUAUGAAACUAUUUGAAGAUAAAAAUCGAAUUAUGUUAAAAAACUGGCCAACAGCCCUUCAUAAAAGAGAAAUGCGAUUUGGUUAUUUAGAUUUACUUGUAUCAUUCGGUGGUAUUGCAGGUCUUUUUUUAGGAUUUUCUAUUUUUAUAGCUUUAGAAUUUGGAUAUUAUUUUACUCUUAGAACUUAUUGCGGAGCUGUAAUUCGAUUAUCUCGGAAACAAUAUAAUAUUAUGACCAUUUAUGUGGUAGAAAAAUAUCCCAGCAAAAAAGUAAAUACUAAUCCAAAAUAUUAUACAUAUAUCGAUUAAUUCUUUUCAAAAAAU